AUGUCUGACAAAACUUUCCACGUCACUGGCGAGGACGUCCGCAAGAUGGAGUCGAAGGAGUCGAGAUUCCAUGGCGGCCAGACGCCAAAGGAUUCAGACACAUCUGCAAUGAAGCAACUCCUCUCAGAACAAGAGUCCAAAAAGGAACAGAUCGAUCGCGUCAAGGCGAAUCUCCCUCUCCCAGACCAGCCCGUUGGCGGAGUGAGCGCAGAUCUGCAAUCCGCAGACCAACGCACCGUGAACGUCGGCAGUGGUGGUGUGAAUGUAAAACUAGGCACGGGGUCGGCUUCUGGGUUGAGAGAACCGGCCACGGCUGAAAGCAGCGUCAGAACAGAUGGGGAUGAGUUCAAGAAGGCGACCGAGCCACCUCGCCCGUAA